AUGAAGAUGGGAAUGGUGUUUGUGUUUGUGUUGCUUACAGUUUUCAUGGCUGUGAUGUCUUCUACAAGGGUCUCUGCUCAGUCAAACUGCAAAAACGAGUUGAAGAAAUCACUGAAGCCGUGUUUCAGCUACCUGACUUCUUCCUAUCCUUCCUUGCCUGAUGAUUCGGAUUGUUGUCCUUCGUUGCUGGACAUAUCCAAGACUUCUGUUGACUGUUUUUGUCAAUACUUGAACAGUGGAGGCUCUAUUCUCGAUAUCAAUGCUAACUUCAUACAAGCUCGUCGACUGCCAGAGAUCUGUGGCGUUGACCCUUAUCUUGCUAGUGUGUGUAACGAAGGUAAGAAUUUCUUAACAUCAAUUUAUGAAGAAACACCAAUCCUAUAG